AUGGUGGUUUGCUUUCGAAAUGUCGACACGGAGUGUAUGAAGAAAAUGAAUGAUUUGAAUGCAAUGGACGAUCGCGAGCUCUGCAUUUCGAUCGAUGAAAAUGUGAAACGCGGGCAACAAAUGGCACUGAAUAGAGCGGCGAUCGCUAACUCCGAUGGACUAUUUUGUUACAAACAAUUCUACGAUAAAUACUACAAAAAGUUGGAGAAAUUAUUGAUGGAAGAAGAAGGCACCAAUUGUCCAGAACUUCUCGCCAAAACUACCGUACAUUCCGUGAGAAAGGAUGCGACCAAAGCUAUUGCAGAAAUAACUCAAGCAAUGAUCACUUCAAAGAAACCAUAA